AUGGGUGCACCUGAUGCUGCAGCUGCCACUCCCGGCCAACACGAGCACGAGUGGUCCAAUUCUUUCUGGGACUGCUGCUCUCCUACCGAGACCUGCCUCCUCGGAUGGUGCUUUCCCUGCGGUCUCUUCGGCAGAACGGGCGCCCGUCUCGAAGACCCAUCUAUGAAAUCCGAUGACUGCAUGAACGGCAACUGUCUCAUCUACUUCGUCAGCAGCUACUGCGCUCUCCACUGGAUCCCCCUUAUGAUGAAGCGCGGCGAGAUCCGUAAACGGUUCAAUAUCGAGGGCUCCGGCGCUGGGGACUGCUUCUCGUCGUACUGCUGCCCGUGCUGCACGCUGGUGCAGAACGAGAAGGAGGUCGAGUUCCAGUCGACGCGGGUUCAGCAGUCCGGGUAUCAGGCUCCAGCUGGGAUGGCUUAUCCUCAGUAA